AUGAUGGAGACACCACCUCCAACUUUCGAGGAGGACCCUGCAGGCGCAACACCAUUGGAAAGCUCAUUGGGCAAGUCGGGCGUUGAAGAAGGCCCACAGGAAGCUGACAAGGAGUCGCAGCCAUUGGCUGGGGAGUGGGGCCCGACAACUUUGGCCGCGAGAUAUGAGCAAAGGCUCAAGGAUGAAGAGGCUGAGUCACUUCGCCGGAAGGAGCUGGAGGAGUUAGCCAAUGAGCGGCAGAAGGUGCGCCUUUCGCAGGGAGGCGUGGUGGAUGGGAUUCCUGACUGGCUACUUGACGCUUCGUCUCUAUUGGAUGAGCUCUACGAGGCCUUGGGCCAGCACUCUGGAGGUCUGCAGCGACUGCGCGCGGUGAUUGCAGAGGCUGCCAAGUGGCUUGACGACGAGGAAUGGGAGCAGUUCAGAAGGUCGCCUUUCGAUGAAAUCCAUCGCCAGGACUACCACGUGUUUGCGCGUUUGCUGGCAGAUGCUGAGCCCCAUUGGAGACGGCUGAUGGAGGACCCACCUGGCGCGCGUGGCUUCAGCAAUAUCUCGCGGCAGACCGUUGUCCGCGAAUAUUUGUACAUCGGCCUGACGGAACCCAGCGAGAAGAUGAUGGACUUCUUCAAAAGUCGAGGCUGGAGCAUGGACCGUGCUCCUCCAGUCUUGCCAAAGCCUUUGGACAAGCAAGCUGGAGAAGAAGAUGGCCCGAAUGGGUAUCAGCUUGUGAUCGUGGAUCUCACCUUCCCUUGUGACACCACGCAGGGGGAAUCAACAGCGGAAACCGAGGAGAAAAAAGAAGAGUCCAAUUGUGAUGACGCUGUGGAAAUUAUUGAAGGGCAAGGUUUGGGAAGGUGCAGAGACCCUGAGCGCUCCAGCGAUGAUCUUGUGUGCGACGCGCUACAGGACUUUCCAGAGCACACCUCUGGAGCUCAAUCCCCCCAAGCCUGGGGAGCCCCUCGCCUGGCCGGGCUUCCGCUCAAAGCCAGCGGCUACGGGAAGAUCGGCGUGUCGCGCAGCAACGGGGUGCGGAGGCGGCUCCGCAUCAUCCAGGGAGCCUUGGCCGAGGGGCUCCGCAACCUCCAGAAGGGUGGCGUCUUGGUUGCAAGCUGGUGCGGCCUUCCCACGCAUCCGGUGCUACCGUUUCUGACAAAGCAGCUCCGUCCUGGAUUUCGUCGUGUGCAUGUUCUGACACCGCCGGACUGCCAGACCUUUGAAACGUAUAUCGUUGCAGCAGAGUUCGACAGAGAUGGGCACGUGAGCCGGCCAGAUCCCAUCCCGCUCAGACCGCGCGAAAGCCGAAACACCCUUCUGGAGCUGGAGCCUGCGCAGAUGUGCAAGUUCAACUUUCCGAAUUGGCUGCGAAGCCCAUUGCGAAGCUGGUCAACCGGCUACGACGACGUGCUUGCGUGGACUUUGAAUUUCAAGCGUGAGAUCUUCCAGGAGUGCCUGCCGAAGUACCAGGAGACAGUUGUGAACGACGCGCGCAGCGGUGCAGCUUACGAUCGCCCUUGGCUGACGCACAUGCCAAAGUCUCAUGUGGCCCGGUCCGCGCCGCUAGACAUGGAGGCGCGCUUCGAUGAGAUGUGGUCGAUCUAUGCGACCAAGCUGGGGCUACUGAUGAACAGGCUUGAAGAAAACUCGCUUGAUCCAGACAUUCUGCCAGAGAAACCACCAUACCGCUUUAACGCGACCACCAGCUGGACUGUGCCAAGACCCGCCCUUCCACCGGCAGAGCACGUCAUACUGCCACAGAGGCGUGUCAAAGUCAUGGAAUCCGUGCUGAGUGCGUAUGCAGUAUGA